CUGCUGACGAUGUUUGGAAAUGAAAAAAGAUUACGCCUGUUUCAAGUUCUUUGUCGUGGACGCCUGAUCUUCGAAUUUAGUUAGAUUGCUCGUGACAAAGCUCGACGCACCUUCUUCUAGACCUGUUGAAUAACUUGAAUUGCGACUUUCUCAUAAUCCAUCUCAACCUUCUUGAUUUCCUCAUGUGGCGGUACACGACCUACAAACCUUGCAAACAACCGCACCUGGCUUGCUCGAAGAUUCGACAAUUUUCAUCAUCCGCUCCGGGAGCGGUCACUGGGAGACUCGAGAAGAAUGGUACACAACCAACCCGUCCUUUCUGGAAACUAAACGACACGGAAAAAAUCCAAGCCCGCCUGGACGAAAUGCGACAUGUGAAAUGGGGCUUCAUAUUCUACCGAUGCACCUACUCGGACGAAAGCUCCUGGCAACACUUCAUGAACAUCGUGCGCCACCGAGCAAGACUAGACAUCCACGAGACUGGAGGAGGGACAAAAGCCAUCACUUCAAGUCUAGAAAUCUCAUCACGCGAAGAUGAGUCUAAAUUCGAAGGCGCGACGAUUGAUCAAAUACGCGAGCAUUUUGAAAACUGGGUGUGUGAUUCUAGCAAAUCAAUUCUUGGAGAGCAAGGGAGAGAUGCGAAUAUAUGCCCCACUGCACGAUAUAUCUAUCCUAUACAUGUUGAUGCAGAAGCUAUGUAUAGUGUGGUAGAGUCAGCACCACAGCCACCCGCCAGAGAUAAGGAUGGAGUAGGCUAUGUCAAUCUCAUCAACUCCUAUUGGCGACCACAAGAAUCAUCAUCUCAGUGCGACGAAGGGUUCCAUGAACAAGAUGGAAACGAUGAUGUGGGAUAUAUGCGAGUGUGCUUGCAGGGAUUACAUCCGAGAGUGUAUUCGCUUCUCAGCAGCGCUGAUGCGUAUCAUGUAUUUUACAGACCGCCGCCUAAAGUCUUCAUCCGAUAGGAGGUCAGCGUCCAGACGGGGACGGCUCUAUUUAAAGCGGAGUUUUUGUCGAAAUGUACUCCACAAGAGACACGCUAGGAGAAUAGCCCAUCAUAUCAGUUCACAAGACUUUGA